UUACAAUUAGUAUACUAUAGAGUGUUUCACCGUUAGAAAAUUAGAUUUCACCUGAGUUACUAAAUUGAGAAAUGAGUUGGGUAUCAAAUACAUUGGAGGUAAAAAACAACUCAUUUUGUAUUUCAAUACUAAAAGUUGAGUCUCACCUAUGUAUAUGGUCUAACGUUUAACCAAUACUGUCAAAAAAAAAAAAGGUUCAACUAAAUUUUAAUUCCACAGUUAAAAAAAAAAAAAAAAAAAGAACAAAAAAAAAAAAAUUCUCGUAUAUUUACAGUUAAUCUUUCUUUUCAUCUUCCUCCCCGCCAACCUUGACUUGACUGCUUCAACCCUAAUCAUCCCUCAUUCUCUCUCCUCCCUAUUUUCUCCACUCCCCAUUUUUCAAUAUACUUCAAUUUAUUCUCUUUUUAUACUAUAUCAAAUUUCAAUUCAAUUUAACAUCAGUCAAAAAACAAUGGCGAAUGAUGGGUCGGAAGCAAAGGAAUCGGCUUUAUUGUGUUCUCGAUGCUCCAAACCUGCUCAUCUUCAGUGUCCAAAGUGUGUACAAUUGAAGCUCCCAAAGGAAGGUGCUGCUUUCUGUUCCCAGGAGUGUUUCAAGGAAUCUUGGAGCUCUCAUAAAUCGGUGCAUUCAAAGGCAAGUACAUCUUCUUUACAGAUUGAUGCUUCUGGGGACAAAAAUAGUGAAGGUUGGCUUUAUUGCUUACGAAAAGGACAAUCUCGGACUUCAAAACUUCCGUAUUUCGAUUGGACAGGAUCAUUACGGCCGUACCCCAUAUCAAGUUACCGUACUGUACCAAAGCACAUUGAGCUACCUGAUUGGGCUGUGGAUGGUAUCCCCAAGAUUGAGCCUGAGAGCAACCUGCAGCACAUUGUCGAGAUUAAAACUCCAGAGCUGAUACAGAGAAUGAGGGAGACUUGCAAGAUUGCUAGGGAGGUUUUGGAUGCGGCUGCGCGUAUUAUUAGACCAGGCAUUACGACAGAUGAGAUUGAUCGAGCAGUCCAUGAAGCUACUGUAGCUGCAGGAGGUUAUCCUUCUCCAUUAAAUUAUCAUUUCUUUCCGAAAUCCUGCUGCACGUCUGUCAAUGAAGUCAUUUGCCAUGGGAUACCUGAUGCCAGAGUAUUAGAAGAUGGUGAUAUUGUAAACGUUGAUGUCACUGUUUACUACAAAGGAGUUCAUGGUGAUCUGAAUGAGACCUAUUUUGUUGGAAAUGUUGAUGAAGCAUCACAAAAGUUGGUCCAGUGUACAUAUGAAUGCCUGGAGAAAGCAAUUUCUAUAGUGAAGCCUGGCAUGAGAUUUCGAGAAGUUGGAGAGGUCAUAAAUCGACAUGCUUCUAUGUCAGGGUUCUCUGUGGUUAAGUCGUACUGUGGUCAUGGAGUUGGAGAGCUUUUCCACUGUGCUCCAAAUAUUCCUCAUUAUGCAAGAAAUAAAGCUGUUGGUGUGAUGAAGGCUGGACAGACCUUUACGAUAGAACCAAUGAUUAAUGCAGGGGUGUGGCGUGACAGAAUGUGGCCCGAUGGUUGGACUGCUGUUACUGCAGAUGGGAAGCGCAGUGCUCAGUUUGAGCAUACUUUACUGGUGACGGAAACUGGAGUUGAAGUUCUGACGGGACAAUUACCUACAUCUCCGAAAGUAUUCCCUUGGCUCAAAGCUUGAAACUUUACCAAACUAAUCUAGAGUAGCAAUGAUUUUUCUUGUCUUGUUUUUUUUUAACAGAUUUCAAAUAGAAAUUUUAUUUUCAUUGGAAUCAUACUAUUUUUUUUACUAGUAUUUUCAUUCGAAUCAACAUUUUUUAUUGGAAUCAUUUGAAUCA